CGGAGGAGGUAGAUCGUCGAUGGGGCUCUCCUUCUCGUCGCUCUUCGGGGCGCUGUUCGCCAAGAAGGAGAUGCGGAUCCUCAUGGUCGGCCUCGACGCCGCCGGCAAGACCACCAUCCUCUACAAGCUCAAGCUCGGCGAGAUCGUCACCACCAUCCCCACCAUCGGGUUCAACGUGGAGACUGUUGAGUACAAGAACAUCAGCUUCACCGUUUGGGAUGUCGGGGGCCAGGACAAGAUAAGGCCUUUGUGGAGGCACUACUUCCAGAACACUCAGGGCCUUAUCUUUGUUGUUGACAGCAACGACAGAGAUCGUAUUGCUGAGGCGAGAGAUGAGCUCCACAGAAUGCUGAAUGAGGAUGAGCUGCGCAAUGCUGUAUUGCUUGUUUUUGCUAACAAGCAAGACCUUCCCAAUGCCAUGAAUGCUGCUGAAAUAACAGAUAAACUUGGUCUCCACUCUCUGCGUCAGCGACACUGGUAUAUUCAGAGUGCUUGUGCUACAAGUGGGGAGGGUCUGUAUGAAGGGCUGGACUGGCUCUCCAGCAACAUAGCCAGCAAGUCAUGAAUGCUUCCAUUGGGCUGGCCGAAGCAGCAGGCGGCUGGAGAAAUGACUGUAAUAUAUAGGCAUGUUAAAGUGAUGUCGAAUUUUGACAUGUCUUUGAAACUCAAUCUUUGUGCUGUUAUCACACUGUUAGUCACGGAUGAAUGCUGUAUGGGUGGUUGAAUGUACACAAAACGAUAACUGUUCUGCUAUAAUGUGAACUUUUAUGCCAGCUGUUUCCUGAA